AUGGAGAAUAGCCAGAAGCAAGAUACUGUAAAGGACCUGAAAAAUAACUUAUUUAAACUAAAAAACUUUAUCUAUCGGCUUGAAUCUGGCUCAGAAAAUCUGAAUCUCAAAGAAAUUAUUUCAACUGAUCCUUCAGGGAGAGAAAGUAUUGUAGCUAUUGAAUCUUUGAUAAACAGGCUACAAACUCAAGGUCCAGGCUCAAAUAAAUCACUCGCGAUGUAUAAACUGGAAAUAAAAAAUCAUGAGCUGGAGCUUGAAAAGCAAAUUUCUGAAAAUCAGCAACAAAUUCAGCUUUUAAGAAGAGAUUAUGAACGUCGAAUCAGUGAGUAUGAAAUUAAACUUCAACAUAGUGGGAGUUCAUUAUCAAUUCCUCCAUCUAUAGAGCUGCUGCAGUUUCGCCAAAAUUCUGAAUUAAUUUCUAAUGACGAUAAGGCUGAACUUUUCAGGGCAAGAACCCAUGAAGCUGUAAACAAGCACAAUCAUGAUUUGAGCAAAGAAACACCUAGAUGACUUGAUGAGGACCGACUUUUUAGUUUGAGGUCUCACGAUUCAAAAUUCAAUGACUUGAAAGAAAUUUUAAAUUUGACUCAAGCAAGGCUCCAAUCAGUACUAAAAGAAAAAGAAAGCCUUCAAAACUUGGCUGAUCAUACCAAAUUAAGGCUUUCAAAAGUUGAAGAGGAAAACUCUUUGAUCUCAAAAAAAUACGAAGAAGCUCAGCAACAAAUCUGCGAUCUUCAAUUAAAAAGUAAUAAGACUGAAGAUCAAUAUGCGCAGCUUACUCCCCCCCCUCCCUGAGUGAACAAAAAAAUUUUGUUCACUCACGGUUAAUUUUUUUUUUUUUUUAAAAAAUUUAUAUAUAAAUUUUAUGAAAAAAUUUUUUUUUUCGAAAUUUAAAAAAUUCCUAAUUCGCAAAAAAUUGGAAAGCAAAUAUUAAUUUAAUUUACAAAAUUUAAGUUUUAAAAAGCAAUUCGUUUAAAAUUAAACAGAAUUAGCUCUAGAUUUCAUUAUACUAAUUAUCGCUUAUAUAUCAAAAUUUUUUUUCCAUAAAAAUUUUUUCUAUUAAAAAAAUUUUUGUUGACUCACGGAGGGUUGGUUUUUGGGCAAAAAAUAGGGAUUUUUCUAACGGUUUUGUUCUCUCACGGAGGGGGGAGUUUAGUAGCGAGUUUUCUCAAUUCAAAGAACGAUCUCAAGCCCAGGAGGCGAAACUUGAAGAUCAAAUUAAAAAGAAAUCAUUGCAAAUAGAGAAAGUUCUAUUGAAAAUGCAGCAAUUAAAUCAAAGAUUUUUGCAUACUAAACAGGAAUUGGAUGCUAAACAGCAAGAAAUUUCUGUAAAAGUCAAACUUUUUGAAAAAGAAAAAGAAUUAACUCAUUUAUUAGAGAAAUGUUUUUAUUAAAAAAAAAACAUGACUUAAACUAUCAUUCUAAAACAAGUUUUUCUAUAGCCAAGUAAGGAGUAAGAGAACAAACUGCAGAUGCUUUAUCCAAAAAUGAUAAGCAUAUUUUAAUUUUAAAAGAAACAGUCGACAAUCUUUUGUUGAAAUUAAAAGAAACUCAAGAAGAGGCAGACCGUGCUCAAAAGCAGCUCUUUCAAAAACUAACCUCUGAGCACAAUAAUGAAAUAAACUCUUUAAAAAAUGAGCAUUCUGCAGCUAUAAAGAAGUGCCAAACAGAAUGCGAAGAUCAAAUAAAUGAUUUAAAGAAAAAGCACGCUGAAAAAGAAAAAAUUCUUGAGGCUCAUUUUCAGCAAAGGCAUAGUGAAAAUAGAAAAUGAUAUGUUGACAGGAUUUUGGAAAAAAAUGAGCAACUCAGCAAACAAGAAGGGCUCUUUUAUGCUCAGAAAUCAGCUUUUCAAAACGAAAUUAACGUUCUGUCUGAGCAAAAUGAUCAAGUAAAGCUAGAAAUUGAAGCCCUGAGAAGAGAAAUGGAACUGAAAAAGCGAGAAGCAGAAUUCGCAGAGAGCAAGGCAGAAGAGAUACAAAAUAAACUUGACACGUCUACAAUUAAAGAAAAAGUCACUCAGGUCCAGUCAAAAACUACAUUCAAGGUGCUAAAUGAACAAAUUGCAAUGCUUGAAAGUGAAAUGGGUGAUCGUAUAAGACAUGAAAUAACAAAAGUUCUGCUAGUUCAGAAAGCAAAGAGAAAACAAUUGAAGAAAACUUGCGAAAGAAAGAUUAAGGAAAACCAGCAUUUUUAUGAAAAUGAAAUCAAAAAAGCAAAAGAUAUGGUUUCAACGGAAAAACAAGUCCUUAUUGACAUCAUUGGUGAAAAAGAAAAGCAACACUUACUAGCUCCACAAGUUAAUAGCGAACUAAAACAGCAGAUACUUCCUAAAGUUAUUUUUUUUUUUGAGUCCUUCAAUUAUAAUUAAAAAUUUCUAAAUAAAAUAUUUGAUCUAUCCUUUUAUUCCCUUAAAUUUUUCAAACUUUUAACACAAAAAUGAAUGUAAUAUUGUUCUUUGUAAAUCGGAGCGAAUAAGCGAACUUCAGAAUGAAAAACUAGUCCAGAAUAUAUUACAAGAUGUUGAAAUAAGAAACUCAAGAGUCAUUGAAGAGAAAAACCAGAUCUUAAUCAAUAAGAAAUUAGCGUUUAAAAAAAAAAAGAAGGAUCUUAAUGAACUCUUCCAAAAAGAAGUUGAAAACUUAAAGAUACUUGCCAUGAAUGAAACUGAAAGACUUCUCAGAGAGCAGGAAGAGAGCUAUAAAGAAGAAAUCAAGAGACUAAAAGAACAGUAUAAGCAAGAAAUAGUUAACAAAGAAGUACACUUCAGCCAUGGUGAAACAAUAUUGAAGGCACUUUAUGAAAAGCAAAUUAAAGAUUUGAAGGCUUUGGUAGAAUCAUUAAAAUUUGAUACUUCUGAAGCAAAGCGCUGCAAUCUUGAAAAUGAAAUUACACUAACUCCCCACCAUUCUUGAUCGAACGGCUCGCAAUCUUUCGAUCAAGGAUGGGGGUUUAAAAAAAUUUUUUUUGGGAAAAAAAAAAAUUUUAUAUAUAAAAUAAAAAAAAAUAUAUAUAUAUAUAUUUUUUUUUUAUUUACUUUUAAAUAAGAUUAGAUUAGAUUAGAUUAGAUUAAUUAGUUUUAGCGGGUCACGGAGGUUUAUUUCAGCCUCUACCCAGCACUGCCAGCUUCAAGCUUGCGCCCUAUGCACCGGCUCUGUAGCUCACUCCAUUUUCUGUCGACGUCACCAAAAAAUGGUGACGUCGCCAUCUGACAGGGAGACUCACCCAGGUACUCCAUUGAUCAGGGUCUAGUGAUCCGGCGCCGUCCUUUCUGGGGAGGGGGAAAAGUAGCCUCCCGGAAUCUCCUUCAGGUCCCCAAGCUCUACUACAAGCUUCCUCACUUUCCUUCUAGUCCUGAAGUUUGACUCCUGAUUCUGCGGCUCUGGUCUUCUCGUCUUUAUGAGAGGUAAAAAAACCUUGUCGUGGUAUCCCGACCAAGGUAAAAAACCCACCCUGGACACAAUAUCCAGGCCCCGUUUACUUCUUAAACCCGUAGUCCAUAAGGGUACAGGAGAAGGACGGGUCGGAUGGCUCGCCAUUUUAAUUGUGUGUUUUUAAAUAAGAGGGUUAAGAGUAUUUAAUAAUUCUUUUUACAGCAAAAAAUUGAAUUAAUUUCAUAAAAAUACAGUUUUUAAUAUUUUGAUUAUAUUAGUUACCACUUUAAACUGUUAAAAUUUUAAUUUAUUCCUAAUUGAAUUAAAAAUUAUUUUUUUAAAAUUUUAAAGAAAUCUCUAUUUAUUAGAUUAUUGAGUUUUUUAAGCCUAGGCUAAUGACUAAAUCACUUCAGAUAGUUGACUGUGUAGCUUUAUGUCGUCUCAAAGCUUCUGAAAACAACUUCAUUAUGUAUAUCUUCCCAAGCUUUUGAUAGCCAAUAUAUUUUUAUAUAUAUAAAAAUUUGCAUGAUAUGAAAAUCGUUCGAUCAAGGAUGGGGGUUAAUUUUCCCAAUUUUUAGGAAUUUUUACAGUCAAUCGUUCGAUAAAGGAUGGGAGGGGAGUAAGAAGCGAAAUUAAGAGGCUUCAAGAGAAUUUUGAGAGUGAAGUUCAAAAGAGCCUUGAACUCAAAGAGAAAAUUAAACUAUUAGAAAACGAAUUAGAGCAAAUAUUAGAAAAUUAUGAAAGUGCUAAGAGCAACGAAUUGGAUACGAAAGAAGAGCUUGAGCAAGAAGAAAAUAUUGAAAACGAGAUUUCUCUUAAGGAACAAAUUCAUGAGAAAGAUAUUAUUAUUAACGAGCUAGAACAAAAAAUUCAUCAACUUGAAGUAGAAAUAUUAAAAUUGAAAGAAAGCUUUCAGUCAAAAACCGAAAAACCGCCAACAUCAUUUACAAUAAUAAAUGAGAAGCUCAGAGAGAGAAUACUAGUUGCAGAAGAGACAGCUCAGCUUAAAAAAGAAAUCGUCUCUAAAGAUGAGGAAAUAAAAACACUCGAAAAAAACCUUGAAGAAUGCAAGCGAAAGAUACGAAAUAACGAAAAUGACUUAAAAUUUUUGUUUGAAAGCAAGAGCCCCUCAAAUAUUUCAACAAAUAAGUCUAAAAAGAGUCUUUCACCAAUAAAAGCACAUACUCCAAGAGGAAUUCGAUCUCGAAAAAUUAUUAAGCGAACCUUAUCUCCUGAUAAAUCGUAA